GGGGAAAGGAAAGGACAGGAGGGGAGUGUAAACUAUAGGAGGGCGAAGGAAGCCAGGCGCGACACAGCUUUGGGAGAGGAGGACAGAACUGAGCGCUGCGCGCAGAGCGGCUCUCCCGGCCUAGAGGAGGGAGAGCGGCGCAGAGAGGAGGGGCUUGAGGCCCCGUAGAAAUGUCAAUCAGAGCCCGGAGCCCAGGGAAUCUCGGCCAAUCUGUUCGGACCUGACCUGACUCCUCGCCGCCGCCGCCGCCGCCGCCGCCGCUGCCGCCGCCGCGGAACAGAUCAAUAGGCGAACGCGGAGUGCGGCGCAGCGCGGCCCGAGCUCGGCCCAGCCCCCGAUGCGCUCCGGAGCCAACGUGCGGCUCUGAGCACGGCCGCGCCGGGGGCCGGGCCCCCUCUCCUUAGGUGCCCCGCGGGCCACCAUGUCCUUCCCCCAGCUCGGAUACCAGUACAUCCGCCCGCUCUACCCACCCGAGCGCCCUGGAGCCGCAGGCGGCGGCGGCGGCGGCGGCAGUACGGGGGGCCGGAGCGGUCCGGGAAACGGAGCCUCGGAGCUGGCCGCCUCCGGGUCUCUAUCCAAUGUGCUUUCGUCCGUGUACGGGGCACCCUACGCCGCGGCCGCAGCUGCAGCUGCCGCCGCGCAGGGUUACGGCGCCUUCCUGCCCUACGCUACGGAGCUGCCCAUCUUCCCACAGCUGGGCGCUCAGUAUGAGCUGAAGGACAGCCCUGGGGUGCAGCAUACGGCCACGGCCGCCGCGUUCCCGCACCCGCACCCUGCCUUCUACCCCUACGGCCAGUACCAGUUCGGGGACCCGUCCCGUCCCAAGAACGCCACGCGCGAAAGCACGAGCACGCUCAAGGCUUGGCUCAACGAGCACCGCAAGAACCCGUACCCCACCAAGGGAGAGAAGAUCAUGCUGGCCAUCAUCACCAAGAUGACCCUCACCCAGGUGUCCACCUGGUUCGCUAACGCGCGCCGGCGCCUCAAGAAAGAGAAUAAGAUGACGUGGGCACCACGAAGUCGCACGGACGAGGAGGGCAAUGCAUAUGGGAGCGAGCGGGAGGAAGAAGAUGAAGAGGAAGAUGAGGAAGAGGGCAAACGCGAGCUGGAGAUGGAGGAGGAGCUCGCAGGAGAGGAGGAGGACACGGGGGGCGAGGGCCUGGCGGACGACGAGGAGGAUGAGGAGAUCGAUUUGGAAAACUUAGACAGUGCCGCAGCCGGGCCGGAACUGGCUCUGGCUGGGGCAACGCACAGGAAUGGCGACUUCGGCCUAGGACCCAUUUCGGACUGCAAAAAUAGUGACUCGGACGACAGCUCUGAAGGCUUGGAGGAGCGACCACUAUCGGUCCUGAGCCUGGCCCCAGUGCCACCGCCUGUGGCCAGGGCUCCUCCAUCUACACCCUCUCCACCCUCGGGCCUGGACCCCUGUGCUCCCGCACCAGCGCCCUCCUCCGCCCUUCAGAAGCCCAAGAUCUGGUCACUGGCCGAAACGGCCACCAGCCCGGACAACCCACGUCGCUCGCCUUCUGGAGCCGGAGGUUCUCCUCCUGGGGCAGCCGUCGCGCCCCCGACGCUGCAGCUCUCGCCCGCGGCUGCCGCUGCAGCAGCAGCAGCACACAGACUCGUCUCGGCGCCGCUUGGCAAAUUCCCGGCUUGGACCAACCGGCCUUUCCCAGGCCCGCCGCCCGGCCCGCGGCCACACCCGCUGUCCAUGUUGGGCUCGGCCCCACAGCACCUGCUGGGACUUCCCGCAGCCGCGGCUCACCAGGCGGCUGCCGCCGCUGCCUAUGCUCGGCCUACGGAGCCAGAGAGUGGAACAGAUCGCUGUAGUGCCUUGGAAAUGGAGAAAAAGUUGCUCAAGACAGCUUUCCAGCCGGUGCCAAGGCGGCCCCAGAACCACUUGGAUGCUGCUCUGGUCUUAUCAGCUCUCUCCUCAUCUUAACUCUUUCAACAAUUUUUAAAUCGUUGUACUAAUUGUAAAAAAAAAAAAAAAAAAAGCAACCCGCUCUGUAUAGUUAUGACUUGCAAGCAUGUCUGUGUAUGAAUACCUAAAAAAAGAAACACUAAACCAACCAACCAACAAACAAAAAGAAUGAAAGGAAGAAUAAAGCCAGUCCCCCUUGGCCCUCCCCAAGUCGCUUCUGUACUGCCCCACAUUAGAUUGUGAGGCUCGUUUGUCCUGUUGAUUUCGGGGGGGGGUGGUGAGCAGGGUGCAGAGAGAAUAAGCGUGUCUGAGUCUUUUUGUAUAUACAGAAAAUGUACAUACGUGUGAACCAAAUUGUACAAGAAAGUAUCUAUUUUUGGCUAAAUAAAUGAGCUGUUGCCACUUUUGACUAUAA